AUGUCAAAGAGAAUUGUAGUGAAAAGAGAGGUAACAGAGAUAUUUCCUGGGCUUUCAGAAGAAGUUGCAAGAGAAUGCUUGUCAAGGGUGCCAUGCACAUCUUUCUUUAAUCUCAGAGCUGUUUGCAGAAGUUGGAGGACUGUAAUGAGUGAUCCUCUGUUUUAUCUAGAUAGAAAGAGACUUGGGAGGGCAGAGGAUUUGUUGGUUAUAGUUGAGGUAUUUCCCCUGUCAUAUGACCAGGCUCGUUUCAGAUUAACUCCUCUAUCAUAUGACCAGCCUUGUGUUAAGUUUAUUAUCUACCACUGUCCCAGCAAUUCAUUUGGAAGACUUCCUCCUAUACCCACUGAAUCUGGAUUACCAUACAACUUCAGUUAUGGUUCCUCACACUGUGUUAACUUGGGUCAUAGAUUGAUAGUGAUAGGGCUUGUGGGUCCUGAUAAAAAGGGUAAAAUGGGGCCAUUGGAAGCCACAUUUGUGUAUGAUUUUUGUUCUUGUAGAUGGGAGAAAGGUGCCAACAUGGUUGUGGGUCGUUGGGGUUUUUCUUGUGCAUUGGACUCCAUUAAUGGACUGAUUUACACUGCUGGUGGAAGAGACAGAGAUAACAUAAUGGUAUUUGAAGGAGAAGUUUAUAAUGUAGAGGAAGAUCAGUGGAGCCUUCUUCCUCCUAUGCCUACAAUUGUGAAUCGAUGUAGCACUGCUUUUAGAGAUGGCAAGUUUUUUGUUGUAUGUAAUUAUUUCUAUUCAGAGUGUGCACAGGUAUAUGAUUCCAACACAAAGUUAUGGACAUGUGUAAACUUUCAGAGAGACAGUCCAUGUGUAUCUGGAUGUGAGAGCUUAUAUUUCUUUGACUGUUAUAAAGUUGGGGAUUAUAAUGUUUGUGAAAAAGAGGUGAGAGUGAUAGGAUUGUUUUCUCCUGGGAUGGAGUUUGUUGAGUGUGCUAAACUCUGGUAUGAUCAGAUAUCUGUGGGUGAAAAUGUUUCUCAAGACAUGGUAUUUAAAUUGUAUGAGCCUUCAUCGGAAGAAGGAGGGUACCCAGGGAUGUGGACUACAGUGAAGAGGAGGAAGUCCAUGCAACCAUUUACCAGAGAUUAUUUUUUCAGUGCUCAAGACUACUCAUACUAUGAAUUUUCAGUAGCUCAUAUUAAAAUUUGA